GUGAACAGCUCCGGGUAGAGCUGGGCAGAGCUGUGGGUAGUUGGUGGCAUGGUACGGUUUUUCGUGUGGGUGUCGCAUUCCAGGCUUUCCUCCUCAAUCUUGAAGCAAAAUUGCAGUAACUGUAUAAAUCGUACGUUUGGGAUUCAAGGUAGACGACGGUUGCGAUGCUCACACGUGACGCGUAAAGACCUUUUACGCCGUCACGAGCGAAACGGAUGUUCGUUAUAGACACGUUGUACGGACUACAUUUUGCUCGAAAGCUCGACGACCGGGUGGCGGCGACGACGACGAUUAGGACAACGACGUCCCCCCCCACCCCGCCGAUCGAUCUGACUGAUUUUUGCGAUCCGGUCACCGAAAACUUCCAUCAUUCCGUCAAUAACCGUGUGCCGACCCGUAGGGUGGCGAUCGUCCGAUAAGGGUUCUAUCUGCGAUAGACUGGUCGACCAGUCUGUUCGUGGGUGUUUGAAUAACUGCGGCAACUGGAAGUUGACCCUGAAUGCAGAGCCCCCGUGGCUUUGCUAGCACCCCCACAGUGAUUUUGUCUUAAUCCACUUCCUCACGACUCACCCAAUUAGCAUUGACAGCUGCCUCUUUGCUGCCUAGCACCUACAGAGUACUAAUCAAUUCGAUCAAAUUCAAUCAACAUGAAGGUAACAAAUCUAGACGAACGUAUCCAUGUCUUGGAUAGCGAGUCCAAUGUUAUGACCGUUAUCAAAAACAUUGCAAUGAGUGGUUUACAAGAAGAAGCUUUUUAUGUAUUGGAUAUAGGAGAUAUUGUACAAAAGCAUAAAAUCUGGAAAGAAAAAUUGCCACGAGUUGAACCCUACUAUGCUGUAAAAUGUAAUGACAAUUUGAUUGUAAUCGAAGUAUUAGCGGCCCUUGGUAUCAAUUUUGAUUGUGCAUCUAAGAAUGAAAUAAACAAAGUGUUAAGCUUUGGUGUAGAGUCUUCAAGAAUUAUUUUUGCUAAUCCGGCCAAACCGGCUUCACAUAUUCGUCAUGCUGCUGCAGUAGGUGUGGAAACUAUGACAGUAGAUAAUGAAAGUGAGCUGCACAAAAUUAAGAAACUUUUCCCAACGGCCAAGAUUGUUUUACGAAUUCGUUGCGAUGCGGAAAUGGCUCAGUGUCCGCUUGGCAUGAAAUUUGGUUGUGAUCCAAUACAUGAGGCUCCUAAUCUUUUACAUCUUGCAUAUAACUUGGGUCUUAACGUAGUAGGCUUCAGUUUCCAUGUUGGUUCUGGAUGUCAAGAUCCACCGGUAUUUUAUCGCGCUAUUCAUCAUUGCAAAUUACUAUUCGACAUGGCUACCGAUUUCGGCUUUAAGCCGUAUCUCUUGGAUCUUGGUGGAGGUUAUCCAGGCAACAAAGGCACAAGCAUCGACAAAAUUGCCGAGAUUAUUAACAAAGCUCUUGAUGAAUACUUCAACACUGAUGCUGUUCACGUGAUUGCUGAACCGGGCCGCUUUUAUGUUGCAUCUGCAUUUACAUUAGCAACAAGUAUUCAUAGCAAACGUUCUAUACGCGGAGAUGAAAAUUCCAGCGCAAUUACGCACAAUAUGUAUUAUAUCAACGACGGUGUUUAUGGAUCAUUCAAUUGUCUGCUGUACGAUCAUCAGCAUGUGACUCCUAUUCCUUUGAAGAAUGGCUGUGGAAAAAUGAUUCCUUCGAGCGUAUGGGGUCCAACAUGUGACGGACUGGACAAAAUUGUUGAGAACAUUAUGUUGAAUGACAUGGAACUUGGCGAGUGGAUGAUUUUUGAAAAUAUGGGAGCCUACACUCUGCCCGUUGCUUCACCAUUUAAUGGUUUUCCCAUUCCUAAAGUUCAUAUCGUGGCUGAUGAAGACAUUUGGCUUUUAUUAAAGGAUGCUCUGCCUUUAACUGAAGACCACUUUGUUAUUGGCAAUACACCAGCUAAUCUACGACUCGGAUUAGAUAUUGAUGGAAAUGAUAUCGAUCCAUGGAGGGAUACUCAUCCAAUGGAGUUGGCACCGCCUGAAAUAUUAACGGACACUUCUAAUACUCCGUCACAUUUUAUUUUUGAGUAUGUCGAGGCGCCACUAAACUAACUUGAUUACUUCACAAAUUAUUUGAAAAUACUUUAUGCAUUUCAAAACAAACGUAUUCAAUUGUUGUAUGAAAUAAUUUCAUUUCUUUUUAAUGAAAAAAUAUUAA